AUGGUAUUGGGUAGGACUACCAUCAAAAAGACUGUGAUGGUAGACACACUUGAAAACACCCUCACCUUCCAGAGGCUCCAUAUCAGGGCUGCCAAAGUCAUUGAAAUCCUCAAAUGCUCGUCAGAUGGAGAGCCAGAGAUUGGAAACUUUACUGACAGUGAUGAUGGUGAUGAUGAUGCUUGGGAUGCUCCUAACCCAUUAGAUCCCAACAGCAUCUCACCUGAUGUGAGUGAAAACGUGGAUGAUUUGCCAGAGAGUUCAGUACCUGUGGAGAAGGGGAUUGUAGACUCUCCCGCAAGCCCGGACCCCGAGUCUCCGGAGAGUCCAGCAGCUGUGGAGAAGCCGACUGUAGACUCUCCAGCAACAAGCCCAGAUCCAGAGUCUCCGGAGAGCCCAGCACCUGAGGACUCUGAUUCAAUGGAGAUGGAUCCACCUGACUCUACUAUAUCAGAGGUAGCACCAGUGAUUCCAGCGAAUGUUGAGACUGCACCACCCAAUUCAGCGGAUGACACAGAACCAUUUGUUCGAGUGGGGGAAGCUGCCUGUCCACCAGCAGAUGAUGAUGAUGAUAUGGAACCUGUUCGAAUUUUCGUGCCCGAAGAAUGGGAAG